AUGAAUUGCGACGAAAAAGACUGGACAGAAGCUCCUCCUUGCUUGAUUGCAUUACGUCAUUGGAACGACUUGCGGCGGUGUUUGAAUGAAGUCACUACGGAGCCAUUCGAAAUAAUUUCGUACAUCUAUGAGAAAAAAAGUCAACGCAAUCACAUUCUUAGAGGGGUGAGGGCUCAGUCAAAUACCUAUAACUGUGAAUGUGAGUUAUACUCGACUUUUGAAAAAGUCUGA